AUGGACAAGGAAAACUGCACUGCUGUGACAGACUUCAUCCUCCUUGGAUUCUCAGAUGCCCCUGAGCUCAGAGUCUUCCUCUUCCAGCUGUAUCUUUCCAUCUAUGGAGUCACAGUUUGGGGAAAUCUGGGCAUGAUUGCUCUCAUUCAGGUCAGCUCUGGACUCCACAUCCCCAUGUACUUUUUCCUCAGCCACUUGUCCUUUGUGGAUUUCUGUUACUCCACAAUCAGCACACCAAAGAUGAUAGCUAACUCACUAAAAGAAGACAGAGCCAUUUCCUUCCUGGAAUGCACUGUGCAAUUCUACCUGUUUUGCACAUUUGGGGUAACUGAGGUCAUUCUGCUGGCAGUGAUGGCCUAUGGUCACUUUGUGGCCAUCUGUGACCCACUGCUCUACAUGGUCACCAUGUCCCAAAAUCUCUGUGUGGAGCUGGUGUCUUGUUGCUAUCUCAAUGGUGCUGUAUGUUCUGUGAUUCACUUGUGUUUAGCUCUUCAGAUCCCAUCCUACAGAUCAAAUGUGAUCAACCAUUUCUUUUGUGAUCUCCCCCCUCUCUUGUUUCUUGCUUGCUCUGAUGUCAUUGUGAAUCAAUUGGUGCUAUACUCUGUGGCCAUUUUUUAUGAGAUCAUCACCAUCAUGGUCAUCCUCACGUCCUACCUGUUUAUUCUCAUCACCGUCCUGAGGAUGCACUCUACAGAGGGAAAGUGCAAAGCCUUUUCCACCUGUGCUUCCUACCUCGCUGCUAUCAUUGUCUUUCACUGAACAAUCCUCCUUUAUUGCCGGCCCCAAUCUGGCAACAGCAUGGAUACUGACAAAGUGGCCACAGUGUUCUACACUGUAGUGAUCCCCAUGGUGAACCCCUUGAUCUAUAGUCUGAGGAACAAGGAUGUGAAAGAAGCUCUCAGAAAAGUGGUGAGCUUCAAAAUAUUUUCCCAGAGAAUAUUUUCCUAG